GAUGGAGCCAGGGUAUUUCACCACUUGCUUCAACCCUAAUCCAUUCACCGCAGAUUCUUCUCCCUGUCGCGACCUCUGACGAUGCGGUCUCCAAGUCCAGGUUAGGGUUUGCUCCCGACUUUGUGGGUUCGCACUCUUUCCCCCACUGCGCCGCUUUCCUCUCGUGUCUUUGGUCGCUCCCUGUCUCCUCUCGAUCUGAUUUCCAUGGAGGUUGGUGCGUAACUUCCUUUCGCCCCCCGGUGCCUGAAGAAGAGUGGCCUCGGUUGGGGUCGGGUGUUGUCCGCAAUAGCAAGAAUCUUGGCGGGAUGGAUCCGAAAAACAAGAACAUCCCCAAUCCCUCUUGGGAUCGCUGGGGACAGAAAGAUUAUGCCCAAGGUUCCCAAUCUUGGAAUCGGAAUCGCAAUCUUAGCUGGAGAUUGAAACCGCAGAUGGGAAAAGCUGACCCCCAAGAGGGAUUGAUGUCUUCUUCCUCGGGUGAUGGCACUCAAUCUGGUGAUCACAUCUUGUCUCCUACUUCUUUGAAGAAAGAACUUGAUCUUGCUCGUCCCGCUUUUUGCCAAAAAUGCGGAGUUGAAGGGCAUCAUGCUAGAAAUUGUUUCAAUGCUUUAUGGUGCGAUAUUUGCCGUAAGGAUACUCAUGUUACAGCUAGAUGUGUGCUACCAAAGCAGAGUAAACCUAAUAUGCCCAUAGUAGGUAUGGCAGCUGAUGGUCUGGGGUUUUAUCUCUCUCACUUCGCUAAACCUAUUUCCAAAAAACCAAAGAGGGUUUUCAUUGGAUUGGUUAAAGUGAUUGAGGGUUUAGUGUCUGCUGAGGAUCUGGCGAAAGACUUUGGUUUCCAUUUUCCUUGGGGUAAAACAUGGAAAGCUACCAAAUGCCACUCUAGUUUUUUAAUGCAAUUUCCCUCUCAAGAACGUCUUGAUGAGAUGAUGAGUUUUCCUGAACUGAAGAUGAAGAUGUCUGGUGCUAAGAUCGCAGUUGUCCCGUGGAGCUCUCAUGCCAAACCUAAAUCUAGGUUGCAUACGGCAUGGAUAGUUGCUGAGAAUGUCCCUGAAGAAUUACAAAAUUACCAAUCAAUUUGUGAAACUGGUUCCAUGAUUGGUGCUGUUGAGGAAGUUGAUCUUAUGUCUUUGGAUUAUGAAGAUAUUGUAAGAUUUAAAGUCCACAUUAAGAGUGUUGCUAUGAUCCCGCCAGUUGUUGAAGUGGUUGUGAAACCUUUUUUAUAUGACAUCUACUUUAGAAUUGAAUCCAUCAGUGAUGAAGGAUGGAACGAUGAGACAAUUAAUCUGGGUAAAAGAGCUUCUGUUGAUAUCCAUGGGAUUAAUGAUCCGAUGUUUGACAAAUCUGGGAAAAAACCCAGAAAUGAAGAUGAAAUUGGUGAUGAAGACCCAUUGCCUAAUUUUAGGGUGGGUGAGACCUCCUCUCAAGGCAAAGAAUCCUUUAAAAAAUCUGAAGUUUUCAUAGAUAGUUCUAAAGACAAACCAGGUGAUGGGCUGAGAUUGGAAGAUCUUAGUGAUGAGAAAGUGGAUUUUGAUCCCAAUGAAGAUGACCUGUUGAGUUCUCAAGAGUUAGAAGAAUUUGCAAAAGAUAUGGAAGAAAUGCAGACUGACUUCCAAGCUAAAGUGGGUGAGGUGAUCUCGAUUCCCUCGACUAAAGAUGAAAAGCAGGAUCUGGUGGGUAAAAAAUCAAGCGAGAUUCAGAUGUCUACUACUGAAGGCAUAAAAAAGCUCAAGAUUGGAGAAGAACGAAGAUAUUAAGGUGGUAGACAAGGCUAUUUUCAGAGCUGAAGCUAAGGCCGCCUUCCUCAACAAAUGUAUGUCCAACAAUCCCUUCUCUUUACUUAAUGCUAGUAAUGAGGAUUUGUGUGAUAUUUCUAAUAAACUAGGAGUUUGUUUGGGUUCUUCUGAAUCCACGGUUAUGGCUAAUCUUGACUUGAUAAGAGACUUAGAAAUGUCCAGAAAAAUUCUUGCUAUUCAAUCAUGUGGAAUUAAAAAAACUGAGGAGCCCAUUGUUGAUGAUUUAAAUGAAGUGGACAGUAGUGUCCAUGCUGAUUCUGAGAAAGAGAUUGAAUAUGAUCUGUUGGAUGUUAUGGUCCUGAGAAAAGGGAGAAAAAUUAAACAUCGAAAGAAUCAGCAAAAAAAAGCUUCCCCUAAAUUUAGGUAUACACCUAAUAAAAAGAGGGAAGCAGAGAAGUUUUAUCUCCCCCAGACCCCUACUGAUGAUAGGCCUCAUUUGGAAUUGUCAGGGUUUAGGGAUUGGUUCUAAGGUCCAGUUUCUGAAAGAACUCAUUAGAGAUGAGAAAAUCGACUUUAUUGGUUUGCAAGAAACUCAAAGGAGUCAUUUCAGUGAGUCUUGGUUGACUUCGCUGGCUGGUAGUAAACCGUUUGCCUGGUUUUCUGCCCCGCCUAAUGGUAGAUCUGGUGGUUUGUUAGUGGGUUUUAAUACUGAUGUAUUUGAUGUGAGAGAAAAUGAGAUUGGUGAAUUUAUGAUUCACACCUUGAUUUUUCAUAGAGAAAAAAUAUCAUCUGAAACUUUGUUAAUGUGUAUGGUGCUGCUCAGAAGGAGAAUAAAUGCAGAUUCCUGUGUGAACUCUCGUCUUUUUGCUCGAGAAGUCGUGCUCCUUUGCUCGUGGGAGGUGAUUUUAAUAUUAUAAGAAAAGCGGAAGAGAAAAACAAACCUGGAGGUGUUAAUAAGUGGAGCUUCCUUUUUAACAGUAUCAUUGAGCAAAAUGGGCUUGUGGAGUUUGACUUGAACAAUAGGUUGUUCACUUGGUCUAAUAAUCGGAUUGACCCCACUUUUGAAAAGUUGGAUCGGUUUUUGGCUAGUCCUGAGUGGGAUCUUGCUUAUAAUAAUAUCAAUGUGCGUGGUUUGAGUAGA